UCUUUACAAUUAAACACUUUAAUGUUCUUCAAUAAUCUCACUCAGUGUUAAAAAAACAACAAGAAACCUUUAAUACAUACUUUUUAAAAAAAUUGAAAAUGGAAAGAAGAGAAGAAUGUUUGAAGAAAAUGGAAGAAGGAUUAAUGGUGGAAAAGAUGAAACUUGUUGCAUGCAAGAAGAGAGGAGUAAUAGGAAGAAGAUCUUCAACCCCAUCACCUACUUGGAGACUUCAGUUUCCUUCUUCUCAACAUAAUGUUCAACAAGAGUUCCUCAACUCUCCAACCUCAAAAACUCUCUCUGCAAGAAACCUAUGUGCAAAACUCUGGGAAUUUCACUCUCACCAGGCAGCAUCUGCUAGGGACUCGAGAAAACGUGUUCAAGCAUCUGUUGUUCAGUGCCGUAGAUCAGUUGACAGAAAUGGUUCUGCUGCGCAGUCUGCGUCCCCUACUAGUUUCCGUAGAUCAGUUGACAGAAAUGGUUCUGCUGCGCAGUCUGCGUCCCCUACUAGUUUCCGUAGCUCGUUGGAAGUUACACCAGAAAAUGAUGUAAAUCCUAGAAGUUUAGGACAGUCAAGUUGCAAGUCGAAAUCUUCAAGAGAUUUAGUUAAGGUUCUCGAUCGUAUGUGGUAUCUUGAAGCACAGCAGGCAUCAAAUAUAGCAACGGUGAAAACGCUGAUAAACGAACUAGAUUUUUCUCAAGCACAAGAAAAAGAGUUAGUACAUGAAAAGAAAAUGAAUAGGCAGAUAAUGGAGAGCUUAAUGAAGCAAAUAACAGAAGACAAACGAGUUAACAAAAUCAUAGAGUGUGAUAAGAUCAAAGCCGUAAUUCAAUCUGUCAAGAAAGAGAUUGAAGACGAAAGGAGGUUAAGAAAGAGUUCAGAAAGCCGAUAUCAGAGCCUUGCCAGGGAGCUUUCGGAAGUGAAGUCUUUGUUCUGUUGUAGUUUGAGAGAUCUCGAAAGAGAGAGAAAAACAAGUAUCCUUUUGGAAAAUUUGUGUGACGAUUUCGCUAAAGGAGUAAAAGAUUAUGAACAUGAAGUACGUUCUAUAACGCACAAUGCGAAUAAAAAUCACAUCAAAGACGAUAAUAGCCUCGACAGGCUAAUUCUUCAUAUUUCAGAAGCUUGGCUUGAUGAGCGCGCACAAAUGAAACUACUUCAUGACAGUCGCGGUGGUAAUGAUCUCUCACAGACACAUUCAAUUGUCGAUAAAUUACACGUUGAUAUUGAAACAUUUCUUCGAGCAAAGCAAUCUAUCGACUCGAGUAAAUAUAGUAACUCCUCCACUAAGAAGGUCAAGGAAAUUUACCCUUGCCUACAUUCAUUGGAUUCCUUUAAACUAAAGGAAACAAUAACUUCACCUCAUAAUUUUUCUAAGAAAGCUUCCGUUGGUACCGACAUUUUUGAAGAGAAAAUGAAUGCUGAAAAAGGACUUGCCAAACUCAAAAACAUGCCAUGUGAGACAACACAAGGUCUACCUGAAAGUGAUAAAUGCAGGACAAAGAGAAUUUAUUUAAGUCAGAGCCUAGUUGGAAACAGUUCCAUUUCAUCAGAUGGUGAUAAGGUGUAUCCAGAGAGUAUUUGCAGGGAAGAUUCAUGUGUUCAUUCAGCAGUUAAUGUUAAGGGAAGUCCUGCAAAACAGUGGAAAACAACAUUGGCUAGGGAAGUAAAAGACAAUACAUUUAUGGCAAAAUUGAUUGAAGCAAGGUUAGAGGGACAUAAGUCUCAGUCAAAGACUAGAAAAAACUCUUUUUGAUCAAGUAAACAAGUUUUUGAUGAGAGCAUUGGAAUAUGAAUAGUUGCAUAUUUCACUCCAAUUGUAGAAUUAACCUUUUUGUAGAAGAGAAUCUUAUUGUAAUUUUACAUGGUUACAUGGAUGAAGAUCAGAGUUAUGUUCAUUAUCUCUCAAGGGAAAUUGAUCAAAAAUGAAUUAGUAAUUUUAUACACAUAUAUGGACAUGUUCACUCCAUAUAUUGUCUUAUGUAUGUUAACAAGGGAGCAUCUGACAUAGAAUACGUGGAUUCUUUUUCUCGAUGGAGCUGGGAAUUUGUCACGUGAAUGCUCUUCCAACUGUCCAAGAUCAAUCGG